UCUUUCUUUUCCGUAGUCGUGUAUCGUGCGAGGCCGUCCCACCGGAAUCCCCAUGGUGGGCUAUGCGAACAGCCUAGGAUCCCCGCAGUACUUCCCACCGGAGCGUACGACUAGUACAACCGUCGGGGAAUAAUGUUUACACAUACCGUCGGAGUCGAAAGUCUGAUAAAGGGGGCGCUGUAAAGCAUCGUAGCCGUUCAACAGCUAGUUCAUCCGCAAGCAUGAUAUCCAGCGUAGCUCUCUCCUUGGCCGCAUUUAUCGCCUACAUAACAUGGCGUAACUCACGACGCCAUACUUUGAAAGAUAUCCGUGGGCCUCCUUCGCAGUCAUUCUGGUUGGGUAGCGAGAAAGUUCUACGAAACGCCAAACAAGUGGGGGACUUAGAGUUUCAAUGGGCUCGUGAAUAUGGUCCAACUUGGGUGACUAAAGGAUGUUUGGGGGAGGAGGUUCUCUGGACCGCUGACCCCCGUGCUCUGCAAUAUGUCUUUCAUACAUCUGGUUAUAGGUUUUCCAAGAGCACUGUUGCCACUGAGACGACACGCCUCUUCACGGGGGAGAGUAUUUUAGUCACGGAUUCCAUUGAUCAUCAAAGGCACAGAAAGAUCAUGAAUCCUGCGUUUGGAGCUGCCCAACUUCGAACAUUUUUGCCUGUUUUCCGCCGCUCGGCAGCUCGACUCUCACAGAAGUGGAAAGACACGAUUCAAUUAAGAGAAGAGUCUGAUGGAUAUAUACUCAACGUCAAUGAGACUUUAUCAAGGAUGACCUUAGAUGUCAUCGGCGAAGUCGGUUUCGACCACCGCUUCGGGGUCCUCAAUGACAACGGAGCCGAUAACGAGCUGGUCCAGGCAUUCAAUAACCUGUUUGUCGACACGCUGUUGAACCCAUCAUCAUGGGAUAUUGUCUUCAAGUCAAUCUGGAGAUUCCUUCCUCAACCGAUUCUAAACUGCUUGAAGUACUUGCCUUCCAGAGAGUAUAGCCGAUUCGCGACAUACCUGCAAACAGCCAUUAAAACAGGAAAGACCAUCAUUAACGAAAAGGCAGCUGGUACCGAAAAGGGCAGCAAAGACAUCAUCAGCAUCCUCGUACAGUCCAACCUUACGGAAGACGCACGAUCUCAGCUAAGUGAGAGAGAAAUAUUAUCGCAGAUAGCCGCCAUUCUGGUCGCUGGACAUGACACUACUGCCUCAUCUCUCACAUGGCUGCUAUAUGAGCUCUCGAAGCACCCUGAGGAUCAGCAGCGCAUCCGUGAGGAGAUUAAAGCAGCACGAGCGACUGCAGAAGCUCGUGGCGAUGAUGAUUUGCUGCCCAACGAUUUCAAUAAUAUGACUUUCACCAAUGCCGUCAUCAAAGAGGGACUUAGGAUGCAUCCGAUAGUUCCUACCUUGCUUCGGGAAGCAGAUUCGGACGAUGUUAUACCACUUGCUCAACCAAUUGAGACCAAGUCAGGAAAGAUCAUCAACGAAAUACCCAUCUCGAAAGGCCAAGGCAUUUCAGCAUCUAUUUGCACUUACAACAGACUUCGAAGCGUUUGGGGAGAAGACGCGGACGAGUGGAACCCAAACCGUUUCCUGGACGACAGCAGGGAAAGAUCAUCGUUGGGAGUUUUCGCCAAUCUAAUGACUUUCUCGGCUGGCCUUCGUGCUUGCAUCGGCUGGCGUUUUGCAGUUCUUGAGAUGCAAGCCGUGCUCGUGGAGCUUAUCGAGAAUUUCGAGUACCGAUUCCCCGCAGGUGUCGAGGUUAUUCGAUUGAAUGCUGGACUCAUGGCACCCAUGGUUGAGGGUAAGAUGCAUGAAGGUCUCCAGAUGCCCUUGGAAGUUACCGUUAUCUCGUGAAUUUUGAUGGUACUUGCUACAGAGGUCGUAGGUUUGUCAUUAAUUUUAGUACUCUCACAAAAAUCAUUAGUUGCUUCUCGUUCUCUCGGUAGCUUAUGAGUUGUUCGUCUAGUUGGAACGACUUCGGUGGAAGUGGUAGUACAGAAAAGUACGGUCAGCAUUGCAAUUGAUGGGAAGCGCCACAUUGGGCAGAAAUGUUGCAGCUUGCUUGUCAUUUCAUGCUCGGCGAGCCUCGAGUUACAACAAUUAAUGUCUGUCUUCACUUGUACUCCCCGUCGUAAUGUGGA